UCUGUCCGCCUUCCGCGCCUUUGUUCCCCUCUCUCUCUCCUCGGGUUUGCGAGGCGCGCUUGCGGAGGCGACGGACGGUCGGAGGAGCGACUAUGGGCGAGAAGGCGGCGGUGGGGGCGGUGGAUGACGUGGGGGACGGAAUGCAGUGCGUGGACCACCCGUACCGGAGUAACCCCGGCGGGGUAUGUGCCUUCUGCCUGCAGGAGAAGCUGGGCAGGCUGGUUUCCUCCUCCAAGACCACCCCCUUCCUGUCGCUCCAGCGCCCGCCUUCUUCCUCCUCCUCGCCUACUUCCUUCCGCUCCGACGUCGGCGGCUGCAGCGUCGCUGCAGGACACGUCUCCGGUUGCUCCCGCGAUGCUGCUGCUACUCGUCGCGUAACUAAGUUCCCUUUCCUAGCCGCCGGCCACAGUAAGAUUAAAAAGAGCGGCGGCGGCGGCAGCAGCGGGAAGAAGUUGGUCGUGAGUGGAGUUACUACCCGCAGUGUUGCAUCUGUCGCGGUUUUGAAUCGAAGCAAGUCUGUGGCGCCUAGAACGACCGGAUCCUCACUUGCGCAGAUCGGUGUUGGCUGUGGACGAAGCAAUGGAGAAGCCGCUGCCGCCGCCGUUGCAGAUAGUCCUCGGAAGAAGAGCUUUUGGUCUUUUCUCUACCAUUCUUCCGUCUCAUCCACUCCCACCUCUUCUUCUGCGGCCAAUGCCAACGUCAACAGACGUAGAUCUACCUCGUUCUCUUCCGGCGGAGUGUGCGACGGAGACGCCACCAAGCAGAUGCAGCAGCAGCCACCGUCUGCAAAUGUAUUAGAUAAAUUGGAAGGAGCGACCGCUGCCCCCGCCCAAUUAGUCGAAGGCGGCGGCGGCGGUGGGGAGAGCCCAAGCGGCAGCCAAGCGUCGUCCUCGUUUGGGCGAAAGGUGGCGCGAUCCCGAUCUGUAGGCUGCGGAAGCAGGAGCUUCUCAGGUGAUUUCCUGGAGCGCAUCUCCACCGGCUUCGGCGAUUGCACGCUCCGCCGAGUCGAGUCCCAGCGCGAGGCCAAGCCCAAGAUCGCCCUCCACAUCGACAACGACUGCGACCAGCACCGGUCAAGGAUGAAGGAGAGGGUCAAGUGCGGCGGCCUCUUUGGCGGAUUCGGAAUGACGUCGGCAUAUUGGCUCUCCGCAGCUGCCGCGGCACGCGACCAAGACUUCGACGGCAACAUCAGGAUGUCAGCCACAGCCUCGACGUCCAGAGCAGGCGUCACGCCUCACGGCCGAACCUGGAGCUGGGGCUUGGUCUUCGCGAGCCCAAUGAGAGCCUUUCGGCCACAUUCCUCUUCUCGCUCUGCGCCGGCGACCAACUUCAUCUCCUCCAUCAACGCGACCAACAAGAUGGUCAACAGCAACGGCGGCAAAGGAAGCUGCAGGCUCGACGGUAACACAUCAUCCCUCUCCGUCCAAACCUAGUUCUCCUUCAAGCACCAGCCCUCCAUUACUCUCUCAUUACCACAAUCCAUCAAUUUUUUUUUUCUUCGCGCUUUUCAAACUUCAUCACCGCACUGUUCAUCGAAUUGCCCUCUUGUGAAUGAUUUUGCGAAAAAUGCAAAGCACACAGCGACAGUGACGUGAUGAACUCAUUCAUUUGGAAAGCGAAGUACCACCACCGCAUGUGCCAUGGCUCAUCCUACUUAUCAUCAUCCUUCAACUCCUUCAAGAGAGUGCACCUGAAGACUGUUGAUGAGCAGCACAGCUCAGGGCAGGAAGCGACGCAUUGGUACCUCGCUGGGGCCGAUGCUACUGUCGCUUAGCACCUCGGUAGUGUUCGAUGCAGUGGAUCGAAUGGUGUUCCUGAUCUCCACCUCCUCGAUCUGCAUGUGCCAAAAGUCUCAGGGCCCCCAAAUGCUCGAUCCACAGCAAUUCCCAGCCAUUUGUCUUACAUUGCAUAGUCUGCUUUACCUUUUUCUUUCUCGGAGACAAAAGAUGGUGCACUUUCUGAGCCGCCCUUCCCUGGCCAUGGCGAGCAAUAUCUCAAUUAGUCUUCAAUAAUUAGCCUCUGCUACAUGUGGGUCUACUGCUUUUGAUUCAACUCUCCAUGUGUUUGCUCGUAUGGAUCCAGGUUUGACUAGAGCAACGUGGCCAUGUUAGAACAGAGCAAUCCAUGUGUUAUUGUUGUUGUAUUUGAUUCCUUCUCUGCUUCCACCUACUGGGCACUGCCGCAGUUAUGGCCCUAGAUAAGUUAGGCCGAGCUAAAUUUAAAAUGAACCUGAGUAUUUGAAAUGAUUAUUCAAAUUUUAUUUGAGUUUA